UUCUGUGUUCUUCUUUCCCCCAGGGACCAUGCGUCCAGUGAGGAGGAACUUCUAUGAGCCCUCCUCGGCCCCUGGGAAGGGGAUCGUGUGGGAGUGGGAGAACGACAACAACUCCUGGACUCCCUACGACAUGGAUAUUUGCAUCACCAUCCAGAAUGCCUAUGAGAAGCAGCACCCGUGGCUGGACCUCUCCUCUCUGGGCUUCUGCUACCUGAUCUACUUCAAUAGCAUGUCGCAGAUGAACCGGCAGACGCAGCGGAAGCGCCGACUCCGGCGCCGCAUGGACCUGGCGUACCCGCUCACUAUGGGCUCCAUCCCCAAGUCCCAGUCCUGGCCUGUGGGCACCAACUCCGGGCAGCCGUGUUCCUGCCAGCAGUGCCUGCUGGUCAAUAGCACCAGGGCAGCCUCCAAUGCCAUCCUGGCCUCGCAGCGGAGGAAGGUGUAUGUGGGCAACAGCAAUGGGACUCUGGCUGUUAGGCAGAGCAACACUUUCAACGGCACAACAUUGUGGUCUGCGGGCACCAUGCCAACUGGGGGGACAGCUAAGAUGGAGCAGGUCCGAUCCCCUAGCAGCAUGCAAGUGACCACCUUCUCCCGAAGCCAGAGCGCUCCCACUGGCACCCAGCUUCCUGGGCAGAACAACCUGAACAGGCCUGGCACGCAGCGGGUUGCAGUACUGAGUACCAGGGCCUCCAUCCCACCAGGGGUUCCUGCCCUCCCGGUUAAGAAUCUGAAUGGAACCGGACCAGUCCAUCCUGCCCUGGCAGGUAUGACAGGCAUUUUGAUGUGUGCUGCUGGGCUGCCUGUAUGCCUGACCCGGGCCCCGAAGCCUAUCCUGCACCCUCCGCCCGUGAGCAAGAGCGACAUCAAGCCGGUGCCUGGGAUCAAUGGCGUCUGCAGGAAAACCAAGAAGAAGCACCUCAAAAAGAGCAAGAAUCCUGAGGAUGUGGUGCGCCGGUACAUCCAGAAGGUGAAGAGCCCGCCGGACGAGGACUGCACCAUCUGCAUGGAGAGGCUGGUGGCCUCGUCCGGCUACGAGGGCCUGCUCAGCCACAGGGGCGCCAAGCCGGAGCUGGUGGGCAAGUUGGGCAAGUGCGGGCACAUGUACCACCUCCUCUGCCUGGUGGCCAUGUACAACAACGGCAACAAGGAUGGCAGCCUGCAGUGCCCCACCUGCAAGGCCAUCUAUGGGGAGAAGACCGGGACCCAGCCCCCAGGGAAGAUGGAGUUCCACAUCAUCCCACACUCGCUGCCAGGCUACACGGAAUCCAAAACCAUCCGCAUCGUCUACGACAUCCCCACGGGCAUCCAGGGCCCAGAGCACCCGAACCCCGGGAAGAAGUUCACAGCCCGAGGCUUCCCCCGGCACUGCUACCUACCGGACAACGAGAAAGGCAGGAAGGUUCUGAAGCUCCUGAUUGUGGCAUGGGACCGCCGGCUCAUCUUCACCAUUGGCACAUCCAGCACGACGGGAGAGUGCGACACUGUGGUGUGGAACGAGAUCCACCACAAGACAGAGUUUGGUUCCAACCUCACUGGCCACGGCUACCCUGACCCCAACUACCUGGACAAUGUCCUGGCUGAGCUGAUGGCCCAGGGGGUCUCGGAAGCCAACCUGAAGGACUGAGGAGGAAGCCCCCGCUCUCUGCUAGCGUGCUUCUUGGCAGCCAAACCCCGCCUGCGUCCGUGUCUCCGUGAGUCCAUCCUCCACCACCGCCAUGCCCGGGAACCACCCACCUUCCCAGAGCCCUCACUCUGCUUCUGCUGCCUUGACCUUCAGUAACCUUCAGACUGCAAUGCUGGCCUUGGCUGGGGUGCCGCGGAAGUGUACGUCCCCCACCAGGCGGAGUGGCUCCCCCUUUAACCGAUGCCAUGUGCACGCCCCUCAGACACACGGGCCGAUGAGCAGCAGGCCAGCAGGAGCUGCGUGAGUGACCAAGCAACGCAAAGCUGGGCUGAUUAUUUUUUUAUACUCUUGUGAUCUGUGAUAUUUUCCCUGUUAGAGACCCCAGCCCACAUCUGACUGUACACCCCGCCCCCCCCGUGUAACUCUCUCUAUGGAAAUCUUGUACAGUAUCUACUAGAACAAGGGGGCAACUUCUGGCCAACUCUCCCACAGCCACACCGCCACCAUCUGUCCUGUCCAGUCGAUGUCAGCAUCGCCUGGGUGAGCCCCCUCCCCCCACAGCCACGUGGCACAUUUGCCAUUGCUCCUCACUGCUGCAACUCUGAAAGGGAGGGAGAGGGCCCCAGGCUGGGGGAAGGGAGGUGGAGCAGUCAACACCCAAUCGGCAGCAGCCACCGAUGCCCUGAUUGGUCCCUUCAGUCGGCACCAGCCAGGAUUCAAAGGGCCACUCAUGAUUUUAAAAGCCACGAGUGCAGACAGUGGAGGGCUGAUACCCGUGUGCCAGUGGAGAUUGGCACGCCUGCCUACCUGCAUGCAUGGGCCCUUUGCAUGCGUGGCUUUAAAAACCGGGGCCUGGUUCUCUCUCUGGGGUUUGUUCCCCAUGUAUGUAGCACACCGUUAGCGGGGAAAUAAACCUGCUCUUCCGGUUGGGUUCUCCCGCUUGGCAAGGGUCUGCCACAGCCAGUCUCUGGGCACCUGCAUCAUGGCCAGUCAGCUGCGAAGCGCUCUCCUCCCAGCAGUGACAUUGGGUUGGGGGGGCUCGCACCGAGGGCAAUCGCGACUUGCUGGCGGGAGGUGCUCUGGGGCGCACGGACCCACGAGCGGCAGUGCAGGGCUGGCUGGUCAGGGGCGUGGGCUCAGCCAGCCUUGUAGCGGUCACGCCCCCUUCCGUGCUGCCUGGUGGGGCUAUAGCUGCAGCCCCCGCUUGGCUCCGGGCUGUGGGCCGGGCUGUUGCACUCUGGGUAAGAAGAAUCUUAGCUGCAGCAGGAACUCACACCUUGCUGGGCUGCGCCCCUGUCGGGCAUGUGAACGGUGUUGCCUAGACAGGCCCUUGAACCUCCCUGGUCCCUGCAGAGUGACAAACGGAUGCGGGUGGAAGAGGCUGGGGUCCCCCCCUGCUCCCCACACGUGCCAUGGAAGCUGCACGGUGCACACAGCGAGGCUGCCCCAAUGGGCUGGAAUGCCCCCCACUCCCUUCCACCCCACAGCGCCCAAGACAGCCCAUGGAUCUCAGCCCUGGCUGGAGGAGUGUGGCUGCUGCAGCCAGGGAAAGGGGUGACGGCUGGGGGAGUGUCCCAUUCCUUCGGCAGGUGGGGACUGUCUGGCUGGGUGUGAGACUUGGGAGAGAGGAGGCGAAAGACCCGGGGGGGAGGGGGGGGGAGGAGGCAGAAAGCUGGGGAGGAGGAGGAGGAAGGCUGCGGGGAGGAGGAAGAAGGCGUGGGGGGGGGGAGGAAGGCUGGGGGAGGGGGGAGGGGCAAGGAGAGGGAGAAGGUGGUGAGUCCAGCAAGCCGGUGCCCAUAGCCAAGGACUGGGUGCAGGCAGAGCCCCUCUGCUGCCUUGUUGUUGAGGAGCCGUGGGCCAGCGUGGCUGGUCUGUCCUCCCGCUGCCAGGCCCAGGGGCUCCAGACACCAGUAUCUAGACAGGGCCCAGAGGGCUGGCGCCUCCCCGGGCAGGGGACAACGUACCAUCCUCUCCCGCAGGUCCAGCUCGGCACGCUGGGGUGAGCAGCUAAGUACCUACGGCCAUACAGACCCCCCCCCCAGUGCCCACAUGUGGGCCAGAACCCCAGCACCCACCCCCCAUAAACCCUCUCCCCCAGACCCACAUGACUUGGGCUCCUGUACAACUAACUAACAGCCGGGGGACACGCCCAGCUCCCGUCUCUCAGCACCCAGCCUCCCCAUCUCUGGUGCGCAUGCAGGAGUCCCUGCUCUCAGUGGCCAUUGUGCCCGUCACUCUGGGGUACGACCCCCAGGCCAACCAGCCCUUGCCACAGCCACAGGCUGCCCUGGUGCUGCUUGUCAGCCACGUAUGGUACGAAUUGCCCUGAUGGCUUGUCCUGCCCCCGCAGCGGACAGCCUGAGGUAGCCAGCGGGUACCUGGCAGUGCCGGCCGCCGGCCCCUCUGCUGAGCCGAGCGGGCGCUGUGCCUGGCAGGGGCACGUUCACCUCUCACGUACCCAGGGCUCAACCGGGAAGCAUCAGUCGCAGCCAGCGGGACACUGGUGGGGUGUUUGAGCCAGCACCCUUCUCUGCUCAGGCAGGGCCCCAUAGUAUCCCCUGUACCCAGAGCCCCUGACACGCCGGCAGCACUAAAUCCCACAGCCAGCCCCCACUCGGGACUCAGCCAGGCCAGAGAGCAGCUCUCACCCCACUCGGAGAAUCUCGGGCAGGGACCUGAGAGCAGCAAAACAGACACACUGCACACACAUCCUGCUCCUCCACACCAGGCACAAACUGCACAUGGACACUCACUGUAGACACACGCACUUCACACACACCCGCUCCCGCACACACAUACACCUAGCUCCAGGCCAACUGGGCUUUCACUGAGCCCCUCCUGUUUCACCAGCCUGGAUUCCCUCUCCGUGUUUUGCUGCAGACCCAGCCUGAAGUCAGCUCUGUGAGCGGAUUCACCCAGCACUCAUGUGUACAUAGAAUCAUAGAAUCUCAGGGUUGGAAGGGACCUCAGGAGAUCAUCUAGUCCAACCCCCUGCUCAAAGCAGGACCAAUCCCCAGACAGAUUUUUGCCCCAGAUCCCUAAAUGGCCCCCUCAAGGAUUGAACUCACAACUCUGGCAGCAGGCCAAUGCUUAAACCACUGAGCUGUCCUUUCCCCUUCCCAUAGCCCCUUUCCUCUCCGUUCAGUUUUUCUUUUCAGGUGUUUCCCAGUGUCUCUUUGUUUGGGGAGGCAGAGGAGAACCUCAAUGAUGUCACUCCCCUGCCUUAUAUAGGUCUCGUGUAUGGGGGGAACCCUUUGUCUCCCAGAAGAACACUGGCAUGCCAAGGGGGGCACUCAACCCCCUGCCCCAGCCCAGUGAAAAUGAGUGAGUGAGCAAGGAUGGGGGAGAGCAAACAAUGGAGGGAGGGGGGGAUGUAAUGAGUGGGGGCGUGGCCUCAGAGAUGGGGUGGGGCCUCAGGGAAGGAGCAGGACAGGGGCAGGGUUAGGGGUGUUCAGUUUUCUGCAAAGUUGGCAGUCCUACCUCUGCCCGGGCUGUAGAGCCCCCUUGACUUUUACCCCUCCCACAGCGCUAAGAAGUCCCUUGUCCUGUGCGGUAGAGCAGACUGACAUGGGGGUUGUCAGACCCCGCCAUUCCCCCACCCACAGCCUACACCUACAGCCAGACCAGGCUUCACGAACACGCUGUCCCACUGCAUUGCCCCAGGACCAUGAAGAGGGGCCUCUGAAUGACCCAUUUAUUAGUGGGGCUGGCGUGCCCUGGGUGGGGUGGGAGUGGGAGGAAAGGGAGCUGGCCCGGAGCUCAACUCUAGCAUCCCCCUGUGUUGUUGCCCCUCAGCUGUGCAAUAUGGAUCCUCUCCCCACUCAGGGCAGCGUCCCCGUCUCAGCAGGCCAUCGGGAUCCCCCCCCCCUCCAGCCACAAUCCCAGAAUGUCUCUCCCGUCCCCUAGGACGGGCGAUGCUUUCCCCAGCUCUGCAGCAAGAGCAGGCAGACUGCUUUAGCGAAGGACUCGCUCAAUGCAUCUGCUUUGCCAUGGGGCUAUAGAAGCACUCCUGAGAUGUGGCCAGACUGGGUGGCUCUGCCUCUGACGCCAGGGGAGCCCAAAUCCUACCAGCUGCAGGAACCUGCUGAGAGGUCAGGGCUGUAGCUGGUUUGCUUAAAAUGGAGCACAUUUUAGCUGGCUGUCUUGAAUACAGAGACAUGGCCUGCAGAGACUACAACGCCCAGCAUGCCUUGCUCCCUCUUGAGCCAAGCUGCUUAAAGCCACGUGGCCUCAAGGUGGAGCAAGGCAUACUAGGAUCUGUAGUCUCCUGAAGCCGUGCUUUGGGAUUCAUGUCCUGUCUCUCUGUAUGGGCCUCGCUGGGAAUCUUUAAGGGCUUUGUAAUUUCCUUUGUCUGAAUCGCCUCUGUCAUGCUCAGCAUGUGUUGAUGUCUUUACAACUUAUUGAAUAAAUGUGGAAACCAGC